AUGAAGUUCCUACACCUCCUGCCGCUUGCGGCCGCAACUUCGGCACUGGUGCUGCCUCAAGAGGAGGUCUUCGAGGAUGUUUCGAUCGAGAACCACCACCGCGACUGGGUCGACGAAGUGGUGGCGGAGAAGGACCAUGUUGUAUCUGAGGCGAGCAGCAUGUUCGAGAAGUACUUCCAGGGUGCAAAGGACAAGACUCAAGAUGCAUGGGCUUCUAUAACUGAGACAUCGAGCAACGCUCUCGAUGCGGCCUUCGAUCAGGCGAACGAUGCUUCUGAGACCGCUCAGAGCAAGGUCUACGAUGCAGCAUCUGGCGUCCAGUCGUGGGUCGACUCCGCUCUGGAAGACGCCCGUGAAACCUUCGAUGAGGGCCACCAUCGCCCACACCAUCCGCCUCACCACGGCAAGCCGAAUAUGACCGUCUACCAGUUGAUCUCGGAGAGCAAGUACACCACAAAGCUGGCUAAGGCCAUCAGCGAGUUCGACGACCUCGUGGAGGCUUUGAACAGCACAAUUUCCAACUACACUGUCUUCGCUCCCACCGACAAGGCGUUCGACAAGAUCCCGAUGCAUGGCGAGAAGCCGUCGAAGGAGAUGAUCAAGGCUUUCUUGUCUUACCACGUUGUCCCAGACUUCGCCCCAGCAGUCAAGGUCCUCUCCACCCACACCUUCCCUACCCUCCUGAAGUCCGACCACCUUGGCUCUGAGCCGCUUCCUCAGCGCCUCACCCCACGCAUCAGCCUUCGCGGACUGACCAUCAAUUUCUACUCCCGCAUCGUCGCGAUCAACAUCUUCGGCACCAACGGCGUCAUCCACGGCAUCGAUACUCCCCUCUUCCCACCACCAGGCGCCAUCCGCACCAUCGACUUCGUGCCCGAAGACUUUAGCACCCUCGAGCUCGGUCUCAUCAAGACCGGCCUGCUGGAGAAACUGAACACCACAGACCACGCCGGCGGCACCUUUUUCGCCCCAAGCAACUUCGCGUUCAAGAAGCUGGGACCUAAGGUCAACGCCUUCUUGUUCUCGCAGUACGGUCUGAAGUACCUGAAGGCCCUGCUCGAGUACCACGUUGUGCCGGAGAACACCCUCUACUCCGACGCCUACUACAAGGCCGACUCGUCCAACAUCGAGCCGAGCGGCAAGAACGGUUACUUCCAUGUCGACCUCCCGACACUGCUCAAGGAUCGUAGCUUGGCUGUGGAUAUUGCGAGGUACGGCGGCUUCAUCAGCAUCAAGGUGAAUGCGUUCGCCACGGUGUCUGUGCAGGACGUCGUUGCCGAGGAUGGUGUCAUCCAGGUCAUGGGUGAUGUGCUUGUGCCGCCGAAGAAGCUUGGUGGUGAGGCGCAGUACUGGCAGGGUGAGGAGAUGAGCGUUGAGGAUUUGAAGGAGAGGUUGGAGCCAUUUGUGGCUAAGAGCGACCUGUGA